UCUCGCCACACUCUGCGCGGCUGUCAGCGAGGCGAGAGGCCAGGCGUCCCCCCACCCACCACCACCACCUCACGUCGGUCAAACAUGGCUACAGUGGUGACCUCGACCCGCUUCACGGAUGAAUACCAGCUCUACGAGGAACUCGGAAAGGGUGCUUUCUCCGUGGUGAGGCGAUGCGUCAAGAAGUCCACCGGCCAGGAGUACGCUGCGAAAAUCAUCAACACCAAGAAGCUCUCUGCCCGAGAUCACCAGAAAUUGGAGCGAGAGGCAAGAAUCUGUCGUCUGCUCAAGCAUCCAAACAUUGUGCGACUCCAUGACAGCAUCUCAGAGGAAGGUUUCCAUUACCUCAUCUUUGACCUCGUCACCGGCGGCGAGCUCUUCGAGGACAUCGUCGCCAGAGAGUAUUACAGCGAGGCAGACGCCAGCCACUGCAUCAAUCAGAUCCUGGAGAGCGUCAGCCACAUCCACCAGCAUGACAUCGUGCACAGGGACCUUAAGCCAGAGAACCUGCUGUUGGCCAGCAAGAUGAAGGGAGCGGCGGUGAAGCUCGCAGACUUUGGCCUGGCCAUCGAGGUCCAAGGGGACCAACAGGCCUGGUUUGGCUUUGCGGGGACGCCAGGAUAUCUGUCGCCAGAGGUGCUGAGAAAGGACCCGUAUGGCAAGCCCGUGGACAUCUGGGCGUGUGGUGUGAUUCUGUACAUCCUGCUGGUGGGCUACCCUCCCUUUUGGGACGAGGACCAACACAAACUGUACCAGCAAAUCAAGGCUGGUGCUUACGACUUCCCAUCUCCAGAGUGGGACACAGUGACCCCCGAGGCCAAGAAUCUGAUCAAUCAGAUGCUAACCAUUAACCCUGCCAAAAGGAUCACAUCCGACCAGGCCCUCAAGCAUCCCUGGGUCUGCCAACGCUCCACAGUGGCUUCCAUGAUGCACCGUCAAGAGACUGUGGAAUGUCUGCGCAAGUUCAACGCUCGGAGGAAACUUAAAGGAGCCAUCCUCACAACCAUGUUGGUGUCCAGGAACUUCUCUGUGGGACGGCAGCAUACGAGCCCUGCCGCCACCACCAGCACUGCCGCCAUGGCACAGGAAGCGUGCAAAACCUUGCUCAACAAAAAGUCAGACGGCGUGAAGGAAGCCCAGACAACUGUGGUACACAACCCAGCUGACGGCACCAAGGGCUCCACGGAGAGCUGCAACAAUGCAGAAGAGGAGGAGAUGAAAGGUAGGAAAGCUCGCAAACAAGAAAUCAUCAAGAUGACCGAGCAGCUGAUCGAAGCCAUCAACAACGGCGACUUCGAGGCGUACACGAGGAUCUGUGACCCCGGCCUGACCUCCUUUGAGCCAGAAGCUCUGGGCAACCUGGUGGAGGGCAUGGACUUCCACAAGUUCUACUUUGACAACCUGUUGAGUAAAAACAGCAAGCCCGUGCACACCACCAUCCUCAACCCUCACGUGCACCUGAUCGGCGAGGACGCGGCCUGCAUCGCCUACAUCCGCCUGACGCAGUACUUGGACGGCCAGGGUCGGCCGCGCUCCUGCCAGUCGGAGGAGACGCGCGUGUGGCAUCGCCGCGACGCCAAGUGGCUCAACGUGCACUUCCACUGCUCGGGAGCCCCCGCCGCGCCCCUCCAGUGAAGGCCACGCCGCUGUGCUGAAACUGUGAGCUGUUUGGAGCGUUGACUCUCCUCCUCUUGGUGCCUGGAAGGAUGUGGGCCUGCUAAAUGGGGGGAACAACGUCACAAAGUUGGGGGCACAAACACAAUACAACGUAGAGCGAGUUUUAAAAAAAACAACAACAACAACACACA